UUCAUCAGAUCAGACAUCUUGAGCCCGCUGCGCGUUAAGAGCUUAAGACCAGCGUGGCGAGCCCGGCGGCGCCCCUUUGUGUUGGUGCAGGUGGGAAGGCAUUUCCCCCCUCCCCAGACCGCGGGCUUCGUGGCCUGCCCGCCCUCCGUCUUCGGAGCAUCAGUCCCCCACCCACCCCUCAUCCAUCGCUCCCCGCACCCUCCAUCCCAGCUUGCAUUCCUCUUAAUCCUUCCCGAGACAAGAUGGCAACGCCGGCGGCUGUUAAUCCACCCGAAAUGGCAUCGGAUAUACCCGGAUCAGUGACAUUGCCAGUGGCACCCAUGGCUGCCGGUCAAGUGAGAAUGGCAGGAUCUGUGCCUGCCAGGGGGGGAAAGAGGCGUUCUGGAAUGGAUUUUGAUGAUGAAGAUGGUGAAGGACCCAGCAAAUUUUCAAGGGAGAACCAUAGUGAGAUCGAGAGACGCAGGAGGAACAAGAUGACCCAGUACAUCACCGAGCUCUCUGACAUGGUGCCCACCUGCAGCGCCUUGGCGCGCAAACCCGACAAGCUGACCAUCCUACGCAUGGCAGUGUCUCACAUGAAGUCCAUGAGGGGCACUGGGAACAAAUCUACCGAUGGAGCAUAUAAGCCUUCUUUCCUAACCGAGCAGGAAUUGAAGCACCUGAUCCUUGAAGCGGCUGAUGGUUUUCUCUUCGUGGUGGCUGCUGAAACAGGCCGGGUGAUCUACGUCUCGGAUUCGGUUACGCCAGUCCUGAACCAGCCCCAGUCGGAGUGGUUCGGCAGCACCCUCUACGAGCAGGUUCACCCGGAUGACGUUGAAAAGCUGAGGGAGCAGCUGUGUACCUCUGAAAACUCCAUGACGGGGAGGAUUUUGGAUUUGAAAACUGGCACAGUAAAGAAGGAAGGUCAACAGUCUUCAAUGAGAAUGUGCAUGGGAUCCAGGCGUUCCUUCAUAUGCAGAAUGAGAUGUGGAAAUGCUCCAUUGGACCAUUUACCUUUGAACAGGAUAACAACCAUGAGGAAAAGAUACAGAAACGGUCUGGGCCCAGUGAAGGAAGGAGAGGCACAAUAUGCUGUGGUCCACUGUACCGGGUAUAUCAAAGCAUGGCCCCCAGCAGGAAUGACCAUACCGGAAGAAGAUGCUGAAGUUGGACAAGGCAGCAAAUAUUGCCUGGUGGCAAUAGGAAGACUUCAGGUGACCAGUUCGCCGGUGUGCAUGGAUAUGAACGGAAUGUCGGUCCCCACAGAAUUCUUAUCCAGGCACAGCUCAGAUGGAAUAAUUACCUUUGUGGAUCCAAGAUGCAUCAGUGUUAUUGGCUAUCAGCCACAGGAUCUGUUGGGGAAAGAUAUUUUAGAAUUCUGCCAUCCAGAAGAUCAAAGCCAUUUAAGAGAAAGUUUCCAGCAGGUGGUGAAGCUGAAAGGCCAGGUGCUGUCUGUGAUGUAUCGCUUUCGUACCAAGAACCGGGAAUGGAUGUUAAUCAGGACUAGCAGCUUUACAUUUCAGAACCCGUAUUCGGAUGAGAUUGAGUAUAUCAUCUGCACCAACACGAAUGUCAAGCAGCUUCAGCAGCAACAAGCUGAGUUGGAAGUACACCAGAGAGAUGGACUUUCCUCCUAUGACUUAACUCAGGUGCCAGUUCCAAGUAUACAGUCUAAUGUUCACGAGGGGGGAAAAGCAGUGGAAAAGCCGGACACAAUCUUCACCCAGGAAAGAGAUCCAAGAUUUGCAGAAAUGUUUGCUGGCAUAACUGCUUCAGAUAAAAAGAUGAUGCCUUCAGCUUCCACCACAGGAAACCAGCAGAUCUACUCUCAAGGGAGCCCUUUUCAACCAGGACAUUCUGGGAAAUCUUUCAGCUCAUCUGUGGUCCACGUGCCAGGUGUCAACGACAUCCAGUCCUCUUCAUCAACAGGACAGAACCUGUCACAGAUUUCUCGGCAGUUAAAUCAAAGCCAAGUUGCCUGGACAGGAAGUCGCCCUCCAUUCUCCGGACAGCAAAUUCCUUCGCAAGCCAGCAAGGCACAAUCGUCGCCCUUUGCCAUUGGAUCCAGCCAUACUUACCCUGCUGAUCCAGCUUCCUUCAGCCCCCUUUCCAGUCCGGCUACGUCUUCUCCAAGUGGAAACGCCUAUUCCAGCCUAGCUAACAGGACGACGGGCUUCGCUGAGAGCAGCCAAAGUAGUGGACAGUUUCAAGGACGGCCUUCAGAGGUCUGGUCCCAGUGGCAAAGCCAGCACCAUAACCAGCAAAACAGUGAGCAGCAUCCUCACCAGCAAACUAGCCAGACAGAAGUGUUCCAGGAUAUGCUACCUAUUCCAGGGGAUCCAACACAAGGGACUGGCAAUUACAACAUAGAAGACUUUGCUGAUUUGGGCAUGUUUCCACCGUUUUCUGAGUAAAUUUAUCUUGCCAGAUAACCUGCUCUGGCACAGGGUUGGGGGGAAAAAAAACCUACCAAUGUAGCCUGGGCUCUGGUUUUUGUUUGUUCAUUUGUUUGUUGGUGUUAAUAUUAUCAUAGAAGCUCCCAUACAAGGAGCCUCCGUUCUUUCCUUUGAGAUAACUUGCUCCCCUCCCCCAAUGUUAACCAUGCAAGUUCUAAUAAUUCACCUCGUAUUAGACAGGACUCGCACAAGGGUUCCAUUUGUACAGGCAGUCCUCGACUUACGACCACAACGGAGCUCAACAUUUCUGCUGUUAAGCGGGUCAUUUUGCUAAGGGAACUUUGCCCCAUUUUACGACAUUCCUUGCGGCAGUUGUUAAGUGAAUCGCUGCAGCUGAGACGUCCGUAACACGGUUGUUAAGUGAAUCUGGCUUGUCAGAGGUUUGCAAAAGGGGAUCACAUGACCCCGGGAUGCUGCAAUGGUCAUAAGUCUGAACCGGUUAAACAAGCAUCUGAAUUUUGAUCGUGUGAUCAUAGGGAUGUUGCAAUGGUUUGUAACUGUGAAAAGUGGUCGUAAGUCUCUUUGUUCAAUGCCGUUGUGACUUUAUACGAUCACUAAAUGAACUGUUGUAAGUAGGGGACUAUCUGUAUUUCAUUUCCAU